AUGGCGGAAGAAUUAAAAAAAUACCUUAAUCAGCUGCUCCAGAGGGUUAAUGGUUUGUUAUGUAUUCUCAUAACAGAUAGGGAUGGCGUACCAUUAUUAAGGGUUGCUUCCGAAAGAGCCCCUGAGCUGUCUAUGAGGCCAGGUUUUCUAUCAACUUUUGGCAUGGCUACAGACCAAGCUAGUAAAUUAGGUCUAGGUCGUAAUAAAACAGUUAUUUGUAUGUACUCAAAUUAUCAGGUGAUACAAAUGAAUAAGCAACCAUUAGUUUUGAGUUUUGUAGGAACAGAAAGUUGCAACACAGGUCACGUUUUAUCCCUCGAAUCUCAAAUUGAACCAUUUCUGGAAGACUUAAGAUUUGUGGUUAAGGAUUCUUAA